GGAUAUUUCCAGUCAAGUGAAUGUUUGCCUCCUGCCAAACUACCGGAACAAUUCAAGUGCCCGCCAGACACGUGAUGCAUGACUUCACCGCCCAGCGUUCCCGCCGUCACAAUUAUGACCACAACAACCUCGCGCAUCUUUCAUCCCCAACCUGACCGUAAACGCCUUGUGGCCCAUGCCAAUAGCUAACUUUCCCUUCACUUUCCUUCAUCAGUAGCCCCAACAUGUCUGAAGACCAGGAUCUAAUGGCUAAGAUCAGCCAGCUUGCUGGUCAGAUCAAUCGACAUAAAACGCAGAACUCCCAGUCCCCCGCCCCUUACGGUCAUGAAUCUCAUUCCGGACCAUAUGUAUCGCGACACGCGCCCUCCAGAGGACGACCGGGAUGGGCACCCUAUCGAGGCCGACCGUACGGACGAGGACGCGGCGGAGCUCCCCAUCGACACCGUACCCUCAUCCUUAAUAACGCCACGUCAGGAACGCCUGCUAGCUCGACCCCUUCCGUUGGCGCUGCCUCUGACAACGAUGGUGAGAGUCGAUCGAACACGCCGAAUGGGUGGGUCGCCAAACAUGACCGCCACAUGCAGCUGAUCAACUCGGCCAUCUACGACAAGGAGGCGCAGACCCGGGCGAAAGCUAUGGAAGAGAGUCGUAAAGCCAAAGCCGUGAAGAAGGCUCAGAUAGAACAGGCCAAGGUGCUUAGGUAUGCUCAGGGGGUCGGGAGACAGUAUCCACCCGCAGUGCCCAAGGCGUCGGCCACUGCCGAGCCGAUGGCCGAGUACCAGGUCUAUCUCAACGAUAUCCCGUUCCGAGUGUCGCGUGGUGGCGGCAAGCUGAUUCGAGUCUCUGGUGAUCCCAAUACUGCCAACAAUACGCCUAAGCGAGUCACGGUGGCUGGCGUGACGUUCGUGCGCAGCAAGAAUGGAAAUCUUCAUCGUCUUGGUGCGGUGACUUCGAAAAGGAAACCGACGAUGGUUAGGAAGAAUGAACUUUGCAGCCGAUUUUCUACGACGGGAACGUGCUACAAGGGACCGAAUUGUCUCUACAUCCAUGAUCCGAACAAAGUCGCCAUGUGCAAAGACUUCCUUCAAACUGGUAAUUGCAAUGCAGGUAUAAGUUGCGAUCUCUCCCAUGAGCCUUCGCCCCAUCGAUCCCCCACUUGUAUGCAUUUUCUGCGCGGGCGUUGCGUCAAUCCGGAAUGUCGAUAUGCCCACAUCCGGCUGACUCCGGGCGCGCCCGUGUGUCGAGCUUUUGCAAACCUGGGCUACUGCGAGAAGGGUGCCGAGUGCGACCAGCGUCAUGUCCAUGAAUGCCCUGACUAUGCCAACACCGGCGUCUGCAAUAAGAAACGGUGCAAGCUGCCCCAUGUGGACCGGGCUGGACAGAUCCGGAAGAACACUGCUAAUAAUCGCACCGAGAUCAUGAUCGAUGAGGACGAGUCUGAUGCCUCUAGCGAGGAAGAAGAGUAUGAUCAGAUUGACUCAGAUGACAUUGACUCGGAUGAGCUGGACGAUGAGCCCGAGGAGCUUAUCGAGGGAGCCGGUGGCAGCGAGCUCUCGCAGCAGCAGGAUUACAUUCGCCUUUAAUUGUAGAUUCGACAGCGGGUCUGACGCCUGCUUGGGGAAUAACGAUCUCUAGAUACCCAUCCAGCGUGUUUCAAUUGUUUGGGGACUUGGUUUUUCUUGUUCUUUUUACGUCUGCUUUUUUCGAUAGUGUACUUAUGAUAGACACGAACAAAUGGAGAUGUUUUCACCG